GGGCACGGGGCAAGAGAAAGCAGAACAAUUCACUGCCAGAUUGUGUUCUGCGCAGUGAAGACCAGUGCACCAAUGACAUGACGAUGAACUACACAGAUGAGAAAGGUCAGAUACCAAAGGCCACACACAUGAAAGGCAUCCUCUCCUGCUCUGACAACUGUGUGGGAGACAGCAUUACUUGCCAUGGACACAGUAUGGGCUGGAAUGCUUGUAUGAACUUCCACGAUUACCACAUCUGCUGGACACAGACCUCGAACAAGACAUCACUCUGUCAUGGACACCGUCAUAGACACCACCAAUGCCAAUGCACCCGUGUGUUUGACCAACCAGAAGAUCUUACAACAUCAGGCCUACCUGCAGUAAAAGAUGGUUUUCUGAUAUGCCUUUGUGUGGCAGUGCUUGUGCUUCUGUUCGGCCGAACAGCCCUCUUUCUCAAGCAACACUGGAGAAAUCGUCACAGUCAAGAAACACCACCUGCUCCCAGAGGCAGGAACACCAUGAACCCCGACCCUGAUUAUGAGGAGGUGGGGCUUCGAGUCCAUUCUUCAAUCUCCAGCUCCAGACCCCAAUCCACCUUUGACUUGGAGCAGGGGCACCUCCAUCCCCACCCAUCUGAUGACCGUGCCCAUGCCUUCCCCAUGGAGGAGGGGGCAAGGGGUCCUUGGCCAGGCGCACCCCUGGAGUCUACCGACGGUCCUGCAUACUUUGCUGUUGAGUUACCCAUGGCGCCAGAUGACGAACCUUCAUAUUCAACCGUCCGGCUAGAAAAACAGUGUGGCGACCCUACUUACUGUAAUGUUAGGUCACCUGUGAUAGAUUCUGAUGGCACCACAUACGCUGCAGUUAAAGUGCCCACAUCUCACCAUGUCCGUCCUGACGAUGAGGAUGAUGCAGAUUGUUGAACUCAUUUGUUAUGUCAUAUUGCAUGCAAGUGACUUCUGUAUAUAGGCCUACUGUGUGCAGUUGCAAUCUUGAUCACCAACCAAAGAAGAUUUGUGACCCU